GUGGCGGAGGAAAAAAAUUGAUUGCUGCAUUGAUCGUGAGGGAAUCGCGAAAAGUUGAAAAACGUGGGACCGACGGAGAGGCAAUAACGGGAAUUUGUCCAUCUGUCCUAAGUUGGACAUUUCGGACACUUACUGGCAAUUUCUCUUAAAACAGGCUUUUUAGUAAUGGCAUCCCAAGCCAUGGAAAACAAAAAUUUGGAGAAGUGUAUAGUAAAGCUCCAGGAGGCCACAUCUGACAAUGAGAAGUUUGCUGCCAUGUUGAUGGUGGCCAAAACAACAAGAUGUUCAGACAUGAGUACAGAGGAAAAGAAGAGAAUUUUCAAUGCCAUAGGAUUGACUUUCCUCAUCCGACUUCUGAAAUCAGAUUCACACCCAGAAGAAUGUUCAGCCAACAUUUACAAGUGCAUGGCUUUGACAAUUGUGUCUGGACUUUGUGCAGAAACUGAUUUGGUUCAAAGUGCCCCUCUGUAUCGCAUCCUUAAACCACUAAAUGAUGUCAUCCUGAUAAGACAAAGCAAUGAUGAUGAAGAGGUGGAAAACAUGGUCAAUGAUGCAUUUGAGAUCCUGAAGAUGUUUGCUGGAUCCCAGCAAGGGAUUCAGCAUCUGUUAGACAAUGGGACAAUAUCUGCAAUGGCCAAAGUCAUUGCUAAAGAAUUGUUUGGUGCUAGUAAGGCCUUUGAUUUGAUGACCUACAUUCUCCAAACCAUGAGGCCCUGUGUCUGGACGGGGCAGGAGCAAGCCCUAGCAAGGCUGCUCAAUUACUUUGCACAGAAGAUGGCAGAGAAUCAUGAUCAAGAAAAAUUUGAACUGUGCAAUUUCAUAGGGAUGAUAUUAAGAGUUACACCCAUAGCUGAGUUUGAUAAAGCUGAAAAACAAUCUUGGCACCGGGCAAUCUUAAAGGGAAUUCAAGAUAUAUUUAGCAGCAGAUUAGGAGAAGCACAAAGAGAACCAGCCCUGAAACUGGUGGCCUCCCUGAUAGAUCGAGUUGGAAUGGAAUUUGUUUUGCCACCUAAUAUGAAGGAUAACAAGGUCCUCCUCAUGAUAAUACACCUCAGUUGUAUUGAGGUCAGGAUGACCCUGGAGAAUUAUCCAAUUGAUAAGAUUUCUGAGAAGGCCGAUUUGCUGUGUGCAUGCUAUCAUCUGUUGGAGAACAUAAUUAUUUACCUGACCACCUCUCCAAGUCUUCUGCUGGAUGAAAAACAAAUCCUACAGCUUCACUCUGCCAUGUUAGGGGCUUUCCACUCCAUAAUCUUCUUCCUAAAAGAACUAUCAGACGAAAACAAUGCCAAAGGACAGUAUCAGAAUCCUGUUGUGAUUGCCACAGUUCGAGUUUUAGGAGCCUGGCUUGCCGAGGAGACUUCUGCUCUUAGAUCCAAGACUUAUGAAAUCCUACCCUUCUUGUUACAUUUAUGCAAAUUACAGAUGGAAUUUUCCCAUGUUUUAAGUGGUCAGGAAGGAAACACAGAUGCAAGUACAAAGAGUUUUAUUGAUGAUAUCGGUUUUGAAAACAUCAAGAAAAAGGUGAAUAUAGACACUCAAGCCAUUUCAGCUGCAUUGUCAGAGUGCCUCAGUUUGGAGAAUGGGGUAGAGCAGGAGAAAAAUGUUCAGAUAAAGGAUGAGGGGUCAGAAGCAGAAAAUGAGGAACAAGGAGUGGGAAAUAUAAAGCAAGAAUCUGAAAAUGCUGAGAAAGGGAAGAAAGAGGGUCAUAAGAGGGUGAUACUACAACAGAAGAGAGAAGAACAUGGGGAUGAGGAGGACAGGGAGAAAAGUGCCAAUUCAAACCAUAACACAGAUCCUAGUGAUGGAAAUUCACAGCUGAACCAUGCGGACAGUGCAAACAAUAGUCUUUCAUCUGGAAGUGAUUCAAAUGCAGAAAGGGAUGUGACAAAUAUGUUGGAAGAGACAUCUGAGAAUGUGGGCAGUGAGACUGCCACCAGUCAAAGAGAUGGGGAUGAGGACUCGUUUCUAGGGGACGAGGGCGGUAUGAGUGUGGACCUGCUGCGCUUUUUAUUGCCUGGACUUUGUCAUCUGACGUCGGAGGAUGAACCUAGGCAAAUCUUAGUGGACAAUGAAUUGUUACCCAUGUUGAACUAUUAUUUGAAGCAUAUGUUGAAAAGAUAUUUUGUGGAUGAUACCAACGACAAUGUGAUAAAAGCAUUGGAGCUGUUGUGUAAUAUUUUCCUGAACUUUGCUGUAAUAGAGCCAGGCUUGGUGAGGAGAAGCACACACUUGGUAAAUGUGACACUGAUUAUUAUGGAGGCUGUUCCUCUGGUAGGUAGGAAAACAGAAUUUACUCCAUUGUGGCUGAAAAUGGUAACACUGGGCAUGUUUUACCUGAGACAUCAAAGUUGUGCUGUAAGAAGUGUUGCUGCUGAGGAUGUCUUGGUCCAUUUCUUUAUCUGUGCCUGUACAUUUGUGAAAGGUGCUUUCAUCAACAGUUCCAAGAACAGGAAAAAGGAUGUCCUGACCGUUUCUCCUCAUUAUCUCCCAUUUUGGGAGGAGGCGUCUCAACUCUGGUUUCUUACAAUACAAGCUAUGACAUCCUGCACGGCGAUGUACCCCCAAUUAGUGAAGGCUACGCUGAUAUCGGGAAUUAUGCCACAUCUGGCCAAAGUCUUCAUUGCAGUACAAGGCCGUGAUGUUGGAGAGGAGGUGAUCAGAUGUGUGUUAGCUUUGUUUAUUACCAUGGCACACUGUCAUGAACGAGUCAGAAAUGUGAUCAAAACCACAGGCGGUCUUCAACUUUCUAAGGUUUAUGAUUCAAAAGAAUUACGUUCUGAACUAGGAAUUGCUGAAAAAGGUGGGAAUGAGAAGAAAUCCUGAUGACACUUUCCAAGCAGAGAAAUUACCCCCAGUGUAGAAAUACCUUCACACGUCUCGUUCCAUUUCACAUAUUGCUCCAGUUCUGCAAACUAUACAGUCACUACCAAACAAAGCUUUGGCUUACUUUCAUUCUCUAUUUUCUACUGGCCUGGACUUUAGUGUUAUGCGUUUUCUCCAUGGAUGAAGUUUUGAAUCACUAGCAGUUUCAAGGUGAACAUGUUAAUGUCCGUUGCUACGGUCACUGGAUGGGCAGUACAGGACUAUGGUUUGAGGAUCAUAACACACACUGGUCUUCAACAACAUUAAUCAUGAGCCUCUACAAUACAUGCACCUCCAUGACAAAGGGCUAAAUAUGGGAUAGGACUAAUUUGAUCUCCUAAAGUAACAAUAUCUGUAGGCAGAGUUGAUUAAGAGAGUAUACACAGUCAUUCGAUUUAUGCUAUUCAGAGAAAACACUGAUCCUAAAAUACAGCAUCCAAUUGUU